GAGGUGUAAAGUGGGUUUGCCCAGUCUCAUGCUUUGAAUGACGCUAUCGUCUCGCUUUCGCUGAAGUUUGCCUGUUGCCUCGACAAGAGAGGAUCCGAGGUGAUCGCGUUUAACGCUGUUGAUCAUUACCUGUGGUCGCGCAUAGGGGGACGAAAGACAGAUAAUCGCAUUUUUUCCCGACUUGCUUCGUUUUUCUGUACUAUUUGGAAAAACAAUGCUCUUAGCUUUUUUUUUUUUUUUACGGAUAACACUCACUGUUUCGUGUAUGAAGGCGUAAUCGUUGUGUAGUGGAGUAGCUCUGAUUCUGUGAGGCCAAAGAUAACUCUUCUUUGGGAAACCAAACAUGCCGCGGAGGAAGCAAGAAGCGCCCAAGCGCGCUGCAGCCUACUCUCCAGAGGAGAUGAAGGAGGAGGUGGAAGAAGAGGAUGUGGACUUUCCAGAGGAGGUAGAGAGCUCAGAAAAUGACCUUCUCACCAAAGAGCCACUGGGUGACCAGGACUCCAUUGCUGGGGCUGAGCUCUCUGCUCAGGAGAUGGACAGUGAAUCACACGUGAGCGAGGCCAGCGACCCCCUGUCAGACUUUGAAACCGCCUCAGUCAAAUCUGAGGGGCCUGCCAAAGAGCCUCUGAACGGCGCAGGGGUGAGGGUAGGGACCCCCUCGGGCCUGGACACUCCCUUGGCGCAGGACACCCUGGAACAGAUGAAGGCAAUCUACUCCAGCUUCCUGACAAACUCCUAUUGGUCACCCCUGAACUUUAACUCAACCCUGACACAGACACCGACACCCGUGGAGAAGCCACCGCGGACUAGCAGCACUAGCAGUAGCUGCAGCAGCAGUAGUUAUGACUGGCACCAGUCCGCAGUGGCUAAAUCCCUGCAGCAGCAGGCCUCUCAGAGCCUCCACAACCCUCCUCCCUCAGAGCCCAGUAUCUUCAGCACAGUGCAGCUCCACAGGCAGAACCCCAGACUGUACGGCAACAUCUUCACCGGGGCCAGCAAAUUUCGCUGCAAGGGUUGCAGCGCUGCUUACGACACCCUGGUGGACCUCACUGUGCACAUGAAUGAUACGGGUCACUACCGCGAUGACAACCACGAUAGGGGAGCCAAUGGGGCCAGGGGGCGCUGGUCCAAGCCUCGCAAGCGCUCCCUGCUGGAGAUGGAGGGCAAGGAGGAUGCCGCGAAGGUGCUGAAGUGCAUGUACUGUGGCCACUCCUUCGAGUCCCUGCAGGACCUGAGCGUUCACAUGAUCAAGACCAAACACUACCAGAAAGUGCCUCUGAAGGAACCCUUGGCCCCUGUGGCAGCCAAAAUGAUCUCAAGAAAGAGAGGCCCACUCUCUGGGAGCCUGGACCUCCCUGGCUCCCCACGCUCAAGAGAGGCGACCCCCAAAGCCUUUGUAGGUAGUGACCACAACAUCCCAUCCAACAAGGCUUCCAACCCCUACAUCACCCCCAACAACCGCUUUGGCCACCAGAACGGCGCCAGCUAUGCAUGGCAGUUUGAAUCUCGCAAGUCCCAGAUCCUCAAGUGCAUGGAGUGCGGGAGUUCCCACAAUACACUGCAGGAGCUGACCGCCCACAUGAUGGUGACAGGUCACUUCCUCAGGGUCACCAACGGCAACCCCCCUAGUAAGAGAGGUAGGCCAGUCCCAGAGGCCACGUCCCCCAGCCCUGUACAGGCCACGCCCACCAAUGAGGAGCAGGUUCAAUCUAUCCCAUUAGCUCCUUCUACAUUCUCCCCUCCUCCACCCUCUGCCGUAUCACCCCCGGCUAUCUCCCCUCCUCUCAAAGACAUUAAGAAAGAGGAGAUGGAGGAAGAGUUUACCCAGGACAUGGUUAGCCAUGACAAGCAGGUGUUGAACGGGGACGAUGAUGAUGAGUUGGAGGAGAAGUUUGACAUCUCCACCAAGUAUAACUAUCUGACUGAGGAGGACCUGAAAGAGAGCCCCAAAGGCGGCUUCGACAUCCUCAAGUCCCUGGAGAACACCGUGACAUCAGCAAUCAACAAAGCCCAGAGUGGUAACCCCAGCUGGGGGGGAUACCCCAGUAUCCACGCUGCCUAUCAGUUCCCCAACUCUCUGAAUAUGCCCCAGGGUAGCCCUGAGAAGAGCUCCCCUGUCAAGUACCUGUUCAAUGGAGGGGAGGGGGGGCUUUCCUCCCUCAGCAUGUCCCAGUCUCCGAUCUUCCCACCCGAUAGUCAGAGCUCUGCCCUCCCCCACCUCAAUAACUUCCAGGCCAUGGAGGAGCUGGUGAAGAAGGUGACAGAGAAAGUGGCCAAAGUGGAGAGGAGGGUAAAGAGCGAGGUGUCCCCCAAGAAAGAGGUGAACCUCUCACCCUGUAGCAGUGAGGGGUGGGAAUCCACUGGAGCAGACUCACCCCGAGAGUGGAGGUCAGUGACCCUGGCUAGCAGCAACAGAGGUAGCCAUAGCGACAGGGUCUCACCGUUCGAGAGAGAGUGCAUGAGAGAAAUGGUCCAAUCGCCUGCCUCCGCUUUGAGCUGCAGCACAGCCUUCAUAACAGGCCACAACCCUCUGGAGCAGCCCUUUGUUAACCCUUUAAGUGCCCUUCAGUCUGUGAUGAAUAUCCACCUGGGGAAAGCAGCCAAGCCCACCCUGCCCAGCCAGGACCCUCUCAGUCUGAUGUCCAGGCUGAGCCAGAGUAUGGCCGAGAGGGCCGCCGUGGCCGCUGCCCCCACGCACAGCAAAAAACACCCAGUGCCCAUGGCUCGUAGUAGUGUCUGUCAGUCCAGUGAUGACCAGCCCAUGGACCUGACCAAAGGGAAGAGUGAUCGAGGUGGCUCUAUUGGCUCUGCUCCUCUGACUCCCUCCUCAACAGCCUCCUCCAUCUCCCCUUCCUCAAUGGUGAUCCCUGCUAAAAUGACCGUGGUCUCUCCCUUCACAUCCAGCAGCCCUCACCAUGAAAACGCCCUGUCGGACAUCUCCGACAUGUUGAGGAACCUGACACAAUCAGCACACCACAUCUCCAUGCCUCCCUCACGGACCAGGAUCACGGAGCGGGUCACAGACAUGGUGGGCUCCACCACCGCAGAGGAUGCUGAGGGGUCCAUGGCCAAUAAGAGGAAGGGGCGUCAGUCCAACUGGAACCCCCAGCACCUGAUCCUCCUGCAGGCCCAGUUCUCCUCCAGCCUCAGACAGACGUCCGAGGGGAAGUACAUCAUGUCUGACCUGAGCCCCCAGGAGAGGAUGCACGUGUCCCGUUUCACUGGCCUUUCCAUGACUACCAUCAGCCACUGGCUGGCCAAUGUCAAGUACCAGCUGAGGAGGACUGGCCGGACCAAGUUCCUCAAGAACCUGGACUCGGGCCACCCAGUGUUCUUCUGCAGCGAGUGUGCUUCACAGAUCCGGACCCCCACUGCCUACAUUUGCCACCUGGAGGCCCACCUGGGCUUCAGACUGAAGGACCUGGCCAAGCUCUCCCCCAAACAGACCCUGAGGGACUCCCCGAAGGGUGGGUCUGAUAAACUUCCCCAACCGGACCCCUUCCUCCUCUCCUCUCCACCCUCCUCCCAGUCACUGGAGGAGGCCAGUGGGACUGUGUACCGGUGCCAGCUGUGUAUCCGUAAGUUUGCCAGUAAGCAUGCCAUCAAGCUCCACCUCAGCAAGAGCCACGGGAUGUCCCCGGAGGACCACCUGCUGUAUGUCUCUGAGAUAGAGAAACACUAGAAGUAGAAUUGUUAUUACAUUAUAGAAACACUUGAGUGCUGCCAGCAUUGGACAUACUGGAAUAUACGCUGUAAAAAAAGAGAAUUUACAAAGGAAAAAAGAAAACAAAUGAAGUGUGUGACAAAAAUGCACAAUGAUGCCAUUAACUACUGUUAAGUGUCAGCACAUGGUAUUUACUUCCAUGGCCUUUGCUUCUCUGUAUUUUUCUCUUUCAAAAGACAUUCAUUUCAUAUGUUGAAGAUAUAGGUCAUGAAUAUUCAGCUUUCAAAGGGAUAGUUUGCUCAAAUUGCAAAGUUCCAUGUUUCCUUACCUUUUACCGUAAGUUGUCUAUUGACCAGGAAGGACCACGAUACACACUUAAGAUUUGUUUUCUUCGCUGAAGGUUAGGAAACAUUUAAGUCAUUUUGUGUUUUGGGUAAACUCUCCCUUUGGAAAGUAUAUCAGUUUUAUGACAAGGUAUUUAUUUGGUGAAGUUUCUAUACAUUUGUUGAACUGCAUGUAUGCAUUGACAAGUUAACAGUUCAAAACAAACAGUUUUUAGUUGGUCCAUUUUUACUGUAAGAUAUCUGGCAAGUAUGUGGGAGUGCUCUUUCUGAGAAUUUGCCAAAUGAAUUGACAACAUAGUAAGUAGUCUUACAUCACAUUUUAUAUGAUUUUUAUACACAGUUUGUGUUGCAGAUCUGUCAAAUCUGCCACAUUGCUUAUCAUCAAGUCAGGGGACCUCAAAAUCCAGGUCUAUAUAGAAAUGUAUAUACAGUAUAUAGGCUUACCACUUGUUGUUAUGCAUACUUGUUAUAUUUCCUCAUUUAAGAGGACUAUGACUAUCCACUGGUGCAGAGCCUUUGAAGAAGACUAACAUGAAUAUGUUUUGCACAAUAGUUUUCUAAAUGUUAUUUGAUAAAACAAAGUCUAUAAAAUGGAACGUUGUUCAUGCCCUGUUGCUUCUAUUAAAUUGGCUUAAAUUGCA